ACUUCUUGUUCGAGAAGAUGAGCUUCGGUCCCUGUCAGGGGACGUGAAAGGGGUCGGUGGGCUUGAGCCAGCGUUUCUCCAACUGUCCCCUCACGGGGGUCCCCUGGGUGUUGCCAUGGCGGGCGUGGGUUCGGGGGGCUAUGCGGCGGAGUUCGUGCCCCCUCCGGAGUGCCCAGUCUUUGAACCCAGCUGGGAGGAGUUCACAGACCCGCUCAGCUUCAUCGGCCGCAUCCGGCCUCUGGCAGAGAAGACCGGCAUCUGCAAAAUCCGACCGCCCAAGGAUUGGCAACCUCCAUUUGCGUGUGAAGUAAAAAGCUUUCGUUUCACCCCCAGAGUCCAGCGCCUGAAUGAACUUGAGGCAAUGACCAGAGUGAGACUAGACUUCUUGGAUCAACUAGCAAAAUUUUGGGAACUUCAAGGAUCUACUUUGAAGAUCCCUGUGGUGGAGAGAAAAAUCCUGGAUCUGUAUGCUUUGAGCAAGAUUGUUGCCAGCAAAGGAGGUUUUGAAAUGGUCACCAAAGAGAAGAAAUGGUCUAAAGUGGGUAGCCGCCUGGGAUAUCUGCCAGGAAAAGGAACUGGGUCUCUUCUGAAGUCACACUAUGAAAGAAUUCUCUACCCAUAUGAGCUUUUCCAGUCUGGUGUCAGCCUUAUGGGUGUACAAAUGCCUAAUUUAGAUCUUAAAGAAAAAGUGGAGCCUGAGGUUCUUGGCACUGACGUCCAAACUUCCCCAGAGGCGGGCACAAGAAUGAACAUUUUGCCAAAGAGAACAAGACGUGUCAAGUCUCAGUCAGAAUCUGGAGAAGUAAAUAGAAACACAGAACUGAAGAAACUUCGAAUUUUUGGGGCUGGGCCUAAAGUUGUGGGUCUGGCGAUGGGAGCAAAAGAAAAAGAAGAUGAGGUCUCCCGAAGACGAAAAGUUACCAGCAGGUCAGACGUAUUUAACAUGCAAAUGAGACAACGGAAAGGAACUCUCUCUGUUAACUUUGUUGAUCUCUAUGUUUGUAUGUUUUGUGGUCGGGGAAAUAACGAAGAUAAAUUACUUUUGUGUGAUGGAUGUGAUGACAGCUAUCAUACAUUUUGUUUAAUUCCCCCCCUGCCUGAUGUGCCCAAAGGAGACUGGAGGUGUCCUAAAUGUGUUGCGGAGGAAUGUAAUAAACCUCGAGAAGCCUUUGGGUUUGAACAAGCUGUACGAGAGUAUACACUUCAGAGCUUUGGAGAGAUGGCAGAUAAUUUUAAGUCCGAUUAUUUCAAUAUGCCAGUCCAUAUGGUUCCCACAGAACUAGUAGAAAAGGAAUUCUGGCGGCUGGUGAGCAGCAUUGAAGAAGAUGUUAUUGUCGAGUAUGGAGCUGAUAUCUCUUCAAAAGACUUUGGGAGUGGAUUUCCUGUGAAGGAUGGUCGGAGAAAGAUGCUGCCAGAAGAAGAGGAAUAUGCUCUUUCUGGUUGGAACUUGAAUAACAUGCCUGUCCUAGAGCAAUCUGUUCUUGCACAUAUUAACGUAGACAUUUCUGGUAUGAAGGUGCCAUGGCUUUAUGUGGGAAUGUGUUUCUCUUCUUUUUGUUGGCACAUUGAAGAUCAUUGGAGUUAUUCCAUCAACUACUUGCACUGGGGGGAGCCAAAGACAUGGUAUGGUGUGCCGUCUCAUGCUGCAGAACAACUGGAGGAGGUGAUGAGGGAGCUGGCCCCUGAGUUAUUUGAAUCUCAGCCUGAUCUGCUGCAUCAGUUAGUCACCAUCAUGAACCCCAAUGUGCUGAUGGAGCACGGUGUGCCUGUGUACAGGACCAAUCAGUGUGCUGGCGAAUUUGUUGUGACAUUUCCUCGUGCCUAUCAUUCUGGAUUUAAUCAGGGCUACAACUUCGCUGAAGCUGUGAACUUCUGUACUGCUGACUGGUUGCCCAUUGGACGUCAGUGUGUCAGUCAUUACCGACGGCUGAGGCGCCAUUGUGUCUUUUCACAUGAGGAACUCAUUUUCAAGAUGGCAGCAGAUCCAGAAUGUUUAGAUGUGGGGCUGGCUGCCAUGGUGUGCAAAGAAUUGACUCUCAUGACUGAAGAAGAGACACGGUUAAGGGAGGCUGUUGUACAAAUGGGUGUCCUGAUGUCAGAAGAAGAAGUGUUUGAACUUGUUCCUGAUGAUGAGCGACAGUGUUCGGCAUGCAGAACCACGUGUUUUCUCUCAGCUCUCACAUGCUCCUGUAAUCCAGAGCGGCUUGUGUGUCUCUACCAUCCAACUGAUCUGUGCCCUUGCCCCAUGCAGAAGAAAUGUCUUAGAUAUCGCUACCCGUUAGAGGACCUCCCUUCUCUGCUAUAUGGUGUGAAAGUCAGGGCACAGUCCUAUGAUACUUGGGUCAGUCGUGUUACAGAAGCAUUGUCUGCUAACUUCAACCACAAGAAAGAUUUGAUUGAAUUACGAGUAAUGCUGGAAGAUGCUGAGGAUAGGAAAUACCCAGAGAAUGACCUCUUUCGAAAACUCAGGGAUGCUGUAAAAGAAGCUGAGACAUGUGCUUCUGUGGCUCAGCUGCUUCUGAGCAAAAAGCAGAAGCACAGGCAGAGUCCAGAUAGUGGGAGGACUCGGACCAAACUGACAGUGGAAGAAUUGAAGGCCUUUGUCCAACAACUUUUUAGUCUUCCAUGUGUCAUCAGCCAAGCUCGACAAGUAAAGAAUCUGCUGGAUGAUGUGGAAGAGUUUCAUGAACGCGCUCAAGAGGCCAUGAUGGACGAAACCCCAGAUUCUUCCAAACUCCAGAUGUUGAUAGACAUGGGCUCUAGUCUCUAUGUGGAGCUACCUGAAUUAGCCCGACUGAAGCAAGAGCUACAGCAGGCUCGAUGGUUGGAUGAAGUAAGACUGACCCUAUCAGAUCCACAACAAGUCACUUUGGAUGUCAUGAAGAAAUUGAUAGACUCUGGCGUGGGUUUGGCACCCCACCAUGCUGUGGAGAAAGCAAUGGCUGAACUACAGGAGCUCCUUACAGUCUCUGAGCGAUGGGAAGAAAAGGCUAAGGUCUGCCUACAGGCAAGACCACGGCAUAGUGUGGCAAGUUUAGAAAGUAUCGUGAACGAAGCUAAGAACAUUCCAGCCUUUCUACCCAAUGUGUUGUCCCUAAAAGAAGCCUUACAAAAGGCUCGAGAAUGGACGACUAAAGUGGAAGCUAUUCAGAGUGGCAGCAAUUAUGCUUACUUGGAGCAGCUGGAGAGUUUAUCUGCUAAAGGGCGCCCUAUCCCUGUGCGUCUUGAUGCAUUGCCCCAAGUGGAAUCACAGGUAGCAGCAGCACGGGCAUGGAGAGAGAGGACUGGGCGGACCUUCCUUAAGAAGAAUUCUAGCCAUACAUUGUUACAGGUGCUGAGUCCCCGGACUGACAUUGGUAUAUAUGGGAGUGGUAAAAACAGAAGGAAAAAAGUAAAAGAGCUAAUAGAAAAAGAAAAAGAAAAGGAUCUGGACCUUGAUCCUCUGAGUGAUCUGGAGGAAGGAUUGGAGGAAACCAGAGAUACAGCCAUGGUGGUGGCCGUUUUCAAAGAACGGGAGCAAAAAGAGAUUGAAGCCAUGCACACCCUCCGAGCAGCCAACCUAGCCAAGAUGACAAUGGUGGACCGCAUAGAAGAAGUAAAAUUUUGCAUUUGCCGCAAGACAGCCAGUGGGUUUAUGCUACAGUGUGAGCUCUGCAAAGACUGGUUCCAUAACAGCUGUGUUCCACUUCCUAAGUCAAGUUCCCAGAAAAAAGGGUCUAGCUGGCAGGCUAAAGAAGUAAAAUUCCUUUGCCCUCUUUGUAUGCGGUCUCGAAGGCCAAGGCUAGAAACUAUUCUCUCACUCCUGGUAUCACUUCAGAAGUUGCCUGUACGGUUGCCUGAAGGAGAGGCCCUACAGUGUUUGACAGAACGUGCUAUGUGUUGGCAAGAUAGAGCACGGCAGGCCCUAGCAACAGAUGAACUAUCCUCUGCUCUGGCCAAACUGUCUGUGUUGAGCCAGCGUAUGGUGGAGCAGGCAGCUCGAGAAAAAACUGAGAAGAUUAUCAGUGCAGAACUCCAGAAAGCAGCUGCCAAUCCAGACUUACAGGGACACUUACCUAGUUUCCAGCAGUCUGCUUUUAACCGGGUGGCGAGCAGUGUGUCUUCUUCCCCUCGACAAACGAUGGACUACGAUGAUGAAGAAACAGAUUCUGAUGAAGACAUUCGAGAGGCGUAUGGCUAUGAUGUCAAGGACACAGCCAGCGUGAAGUCCUCUAGUAGUCUGGAACCCAAUCUUUUUUGUGAUGAAGAGAUUCCCAUCAAGUCUGAGGAGGUGGUCACUCACAUGUGGACGGCACCUUCAUUCUGUGCAGAACAUGCUUAUUCUUCUGCUUCUAAGAGUUGUUCUCAAGGUUCUAGCACCCCAAGGAAACAACCUCGGAAGAGCCCUUUGGUGCCCCGAAGUUUAGAACCUCCAGUGUUGGAGUUGUCACCUGGAGCCAAAGCCCAGCUAGAAGAACUUAUGAUGGUUGGAGAUCUCCUAGAAGUGUCUCUGGACGAGACUCAACACAUAUGGCGAAUUUUGCAGGCCACACACCCACCCUCUGAAGACAGAUUCUUGCAUAUCAUGGAGGAUGACAGCAUGGAAGAGAAACCAUUAAAAAUAAAAGGAAAGGACUCUUCAGAGAAGAAACGGAAACGGAAGCUAGAAAAAGUAGAGCAGCUUUUUGGAGAAGGAAAACAGAAGUCCAAGGAGUUAAAGAAAAUGGAUAAACCUAAAAAGAAGAAGUUAAAAUUAAGUGCAGAAAAAUCAAAAGAGCUGAACAAACUGGCCAAGAAACUCGCAAAAGAAGAAGAGAGAAAGAAAAAGAAGGAGAAGGCUGCUGCAGCCAAAGUUGAACUUGUGAAAGAGAAUACUGAGAAGAAGAGAGAGAAAAAAGUGCUGGACAUCCCCUCCAAGUAUGACUGGUCAGGAGCAGAGGAAUCUGACGAUGAGAACGCUGUGUGUGCAGCACAGAACUGCCAAAGGCCCUGCAAGGACAAGGUAGACUGGGUACAAUGUGAUGGUGGCUGUGAUGAGUGGUUUCAUCAAGUUUGUGUGGGUGUAUCUCCAGAAAUGGCUGAAAAUGAAGAUUACAUCUGUAUAAACUGUGCAAAGAAGCAGGGGCCAGAUAGCCCAGGUCAAGCACCACCUCCUUCCUUCAUAAUGAGCUACAAACUACCAAUGGAGGAUCUUAAGGAGACCAGUUAGCAGAUGCUGGGUUAGUUUGGGACAUGGGGGAAAAUGGACCACAUUGAGACCUUAGUCAUCAAGUAGUGGUUUAGAUCCACUCGAAAUGUUGCUUCCAAAGACGAAUGGCCUUCAGAGAAAGUCCUGUUAGCUGACUUCCUCUUUGCAUGGACUGUGUGAUCUACAUUCUCUAUCAACACAUCUAUGCAGAGGGUGUCUUCUUUGGUUCAGCAGCCAAUAUUUCAGUUGAUGUCUCCUCUGAGGAUGGUUUGUUACAUUAGGGCCAGACAUUUGAUUGAGCUCUAGGGUGGCUGGUUGGCAUUAAUACAUUGGUGUGUAUUACAAGCAGAGCAUGUAGGUUGUGGCUUAUGGCCAGUUGAUAUUAGUUAGAGGUUUACAACCUAGGGGCAGCACCAUCUGGAGGUGCUGAUUACUUGGAUCUCCUUGGUUAGGAUACUUGCAGAGGAGUCAAGAGUACCACUUUCCUACCACCAUUACUUGGCAUUUAAUGCCCUACAGAUACAACUAGGAGAGGAACAGGGCCGAAGUCACUCCUGUGAGAAGUCAUGGGAUAGUAGCACAGUCUGUAGACCUCAGCUGCUUAUGUUCGUUUGUACCAAGAAGAAAACCUCAAAUGAGAGGCAGAUCAUCUUCUCUUCUUAAGGAAGAGGAUGUCAUCUAGUUCAGAAAUCUGACUAGAUUGGAUUCUGGGAAGAAGAGCUUUUCUUAUUUCAAGGCGAGGAGCCUUUUUUGGCUUUGAGAAGUCUUGCUGUCUUGAGUCUACAUUUUAGAGAAGAGCAGGUACAUGGAUCCAGGCUUCUGCAAAAGAAGAGAAGACAAGUCAGAAUGUUUUACUGAGCCUCAGUGAUGCAUGCUUUUCCGGGAAACCUUCAUUCACAAGUAUACCAGAUACCACCAGGCUUCAGGCAUGGCCGUGAGCAAGACCAGCAAAUAACAGCUUUUUGCCUUGCAGCCCCAACCCCAAUGUCUGCUGUUCCAAUACUGGCACUUCUGAUUGUGGCCCACAGCAGAUGCUGUUGAAUAACACCAUGGCUUCAUCAGGAUGGGGGGGUUGUAGUACCUCUGGGUGAUGAGGUGGUUUUAGUAAAUCCAUUUUUAAAAAAAGAAAAAAGGACUUGUUUUUACUUUUUUCUAAGUGUCUCUGACUACUGACUGUUCUAUAAAUAGAUUAUUUUUCCUUUUUUAAUAUACAUAUAUGAAUAUAUAAAUAUAUAUAUUUACUGUUACCAGCAGCUAUGACAGUUUCAGCAUCAAAAAUCCAUUUGGGGGCUUGCUUUCUCUUUUUUGCUUUGUAAUAAUGAAAUCCCAUUCCUUCCUUGUAGCACAAGAAGUUAGCACUUCCUUCUCCAUCUUAGCCUGACCAGAUCUUCCAUCUCAUUUUUGUUCAAAUAGAUAAUUAUAUUUCCUUUGUAUGUUGGGACUUAAUCCCCGUCUGUUGGGAAAGUUGGUCUUACUGUAUCUGUGCUGGCUGUUUUGUUUUGUUUUGUUUUUGUAUGUCAAUGUUUGAAACUAUGGUGCUGUGUCCUCUUCCCUUCUGUUGUGUUCUCUAUUCUUGUUAAGGUAUUAGGUAAGCUGUAUGGAAACUAUUACUAGAAGGGGACUAAUUUUUUUUUAAGGACGAAAAAGAAAAAACUCACUAAAAAUAGUGUUUUGUCUUCACUAUCCUGUGUCUCUUUAUUUUGGGUUAAAAAUCUGUGUUUUGACUUAAAUUCAUCAGUUUUCCUUUUCAAAGGGGGAAGCAGGGUGGACCUAGAGAACCGCGUAUGGUCUCUUCCCUUUUUGCCCUAAUCUCUUUUAAAGAAGUCUUCUAGUAACUAGAAGUGAAAUGUACUGUCCAGUUACAGUUUGAGUGGGUAUGAGAUUUAACUCAAAAGGCAUCUGACUGAAAAAAAAGCAAAAGCUGUCCAGUUUCUGUAAGUGCUUUCUCUGUGGUUCAUACUACCUAUUUUUCAGUCACUCUUCCCUCAAUAUUAUGUAACAUUUUGUGUGUUAAAGAGGUUCGUAAGCAUUGCUGUGCAUGUGUCUUGAGAUAUUAUCUCAAGUGUGUGUAUGAUUUAAGAUUUCAAUGGAUAUUGCAAGGUGUAACUAAUUAACCAAUUUCAUAAGUUUUCAUUUUUCCACAUUAUGUAAAGAUAUUACUUAGUUAAAAAUUUUAUCUGGUUGAUGUUACAGAAGAAAGCACAAUAUUUUUUGCCUUUUGGUCUUCUCUGUAAAAAUCUUCAAAUACUUUUGGGUUAAAAAUUCGAUGCAAUUUUAAGUCAUGGCUGCCUGGGACACGUUCAAAACUAUUUUAUUUUUUCUUCUUAGUCACCUAUUAACUACUCGACCAUUAGUGGAGAGGCACAAGGAUGCUGAGAAAGAUGGCUAAGGUGCUUUGCUUCUUGGAGUAUGGUGGAUGGACAUAGGUGGCUGUUGAGGGAAUAAUUUAUAUCCUUAAUGUGGUAUUUGCCUGCUGGAGAUGGGAGAGAAAAAUGCAAGGCAGUCUCCAACCAUGAAUAGCUUCUUGUUUAUCUUUGGACAUUUUGAAACUUAGAUAAAUCAUUUAAUUUAUACUGUGGGAUUUUCUGUAUUUAUUUGAAAGUCAGAGAGGUUUGGUCUGACUCACAAUCAUAGAUUUAGACCAAAGUUGAGAAGAACAGAUAAGAAUAAUUAGUAAAAAAAGAAAAGAAAAAUUAAAAUACACAAAUCUACAAUUUUGGAAUUAAUGAACUAAGAUUCAUCUGUUUAAAGAAAUGCUGAUAUUCUAAUAUAGCACAUUGUUUUCAAUUAGAGGAAGUUACUUAUUUACAACUUACUCCAUUCUUCAAUAUUGUGACAUUUUAUGUUAAAACUUGAUUUAAAAUGUUUCUUUACCCUUUCUAACUCCUCAAAGUUGCACUUCUUCACCAUUAGUAUUUUAACUUAUGUAUUAAUUCUUUCAAAGGUAUUUCUUACCACCUUCAUUGUAAACAGUUUUGGCAAAGGUUGUAGAAAAAAUGAGAAAAUGGUAGGUCUUUGAUAAAUUUCAAAGGGUAGGUCAUUAGAACUAUGUGAGUCCCAAGUUUCUAAGUACAACUAUAGUAUUAGUAGUUAGCUUUCUUGUUGAGGGGGAGGGGACAUUUUCCUCCCACAAGUGUUUCUUUACUUCCUGGUAGUUACUGCAAGAGAGCCAUGUUGAGAUGUAGGUGCUAGGCUCCCUUACUAAGCUGCUGCCAAUUAGCUUUGCGUUGCAUGAUUCAAAUUUGUGCCUCAAUAAAUUACAAAUUACUGUAUGUAUUUUUUUUGAAUAAUUGAAAAGGCAAACAUUAAAUCUGUAAUUGCCCACAACAUACUUUAGUAGUGAAAACCCUAAAAAAGGCUAACGGACCUUUGAGAUUGGAACAGUUUUAUCUGUACUCACUUGUGUUCUUCUCUGCUUUUGUCUUUAAGCGUCCAAGAAAUGUCAGUUUAUUUGUUUUUCUUAAUUUUUAGAUUCUGGCUGCAAUUUGGUGCACAUGAAAAAAAUUCCCUUCUUGUCAGUAUAUUAAUUCUAUAGUAUAUUUGUGUGAAUAUCAGCCAGUACUAAAGUAGGAGGAUAAAAGGAAAACUUGAGAAAGCUCUUCUUUCAAAUGGUAGGAUUAUCCACUUUUUAAAGGAGAAAGUGACAAUAUGGAGUAGGAUUUGAAAAUUGUAAAUUGCAGAAAAAUUAAGCUGUUAAAGUCCCACAUAUAACCAGGUUCAAUAAAGGUUUACAUAUGAACUAGCUUCAUAUGUGUGUAGAGUUGAUUUUGCAGUAAAUCCUUAAGUACACAUUUUAAAAAGCAGGCAGUCAAUUUGCCUUUUUACCUUUUAGAAUCCUCCUUUUUUUUUUUUUUUUUUUUUAAUUUAAAGCAUAUCAUUGCUUCUUUGGAUAUGGAUGUGCCAAGUGGUAUUUACAGCAUGAGAAGGAAAGAAUGGAUGGUAAUGUAUUUUGGAAUUGCAGUCUUCUCUUGGCCUGGGUCAUAUCCAGUCACCACUAUGCAACGAAUGAUGUGCAUCAGGAAAGGACAGGACGGGUUUUUAAAGAUGCAUCCUGCUUAGUACUUUUGCAGUACUCCAAGAUGUCUGAACAGGAAUGUCUUUUGUAAACCUCAAGACCCUCUAUUGAUUAUUCCCUUGCAUAUUUAUUUACCUGUUGGUGAGACACAAAUAUAAUAUGGACUCUAAUUUACCAGGGUUUUUGAUGGUGCCUUAUGAAAAAGUAUAACUUGAUUUCUUGUUUUUUGAGCAUGUUUUGUGUUUCUUUUGUUUUUUGAAAGAAUGCCAGAUAUGGUUAUUUGCAUUACAUCUAAAAAAUAAAAAAAAUUGUGUGUGCUCGGG